CCCAGGUGGAGGCCAGCAUGUCUCUGCAGAGGAUUGUGCGCGUGUCCCUGGAACACCCCACCAGUGCCGUGUGUGUGGCUGGAGUCGAGACCCUGGUGGACAUUUAUGGGUCAGUUCCUGAGGGCACAGAGAUGUUCGAGGUCUACGGAACCCCCGGCGUGGACGUCUACAUCUGCCCCAGCGUGGAGAGGGACCGGGAGCGGGCGGAGGCCCGGCGGUGGCACUUUGACGUGGGCUCCCAGAUCGUCGUGGUCAUGAACUCUCCCAGCAACGAGCUCAACGACAGUCACGUUCAAAUUUCCUACCAUUCCAGCCGAGACUCCUCGCCCCUGGCCUACGCGGUGCUCUACCUCACCUGUGUGGAUAUCACCCUGGAUUGUGACCUGAACUGUGAAGGCAGGCAGGACAGGGACUUUGUGGACAAGCGGCAGUGGGUCUGGGGACCCAGCGGGCACGGAGCCGUCCUGCUGGUGAACUGCGACAGAGACAGUAUGAGCUCUAACGACCAGGACAACUGUGACCAGCACGUGCGCUGCCUGCAAGACCUGGAAGACAUGUCUGUGAUGAUUCUGCGGACCCAAGGCCCCGACGCCCUGUUUGAUGACCACAAACUCGUCCUCCACACCUCCAGCGCUGACGCCGAGCGGGCGCGGGUGUUCCAUGCCUGCGGCCCCGAGGACUCCUGCGAGGCGUACCGGCACGUGCUGGGCCAGAACAAGGUGUCUUACGAGGUGCCCCGCUUCCACGGGGACGAGGAGCGCUUCUUCGUGGAGGGCCUGUCCUUCCCCGACGCCGGCUUCUCGGGGCUCGUCACCUUCCACGUCACCCUGCUGGAUGACUCCAACGAGGAUUUCUCUGAGUCCCCCAUCUUCACCGACACCGUGGUGUUCCGAGUGGCCCCCUGGAUUAUGACGCCCAGCACCCAGCCGCCCCUGGAGGUGUACGUGUGCCGCGUGAGGAACAACACGUGCUUCGUGGACGCGGUGGCAGAGCUGGCCAGAAGGGCCGGUUGCAAGCUGACCAUCUGCCCGCAGGCCGAGAACCGCAACGACCGCUGGAUCCAGGACGAGAUGGAGCUGGGCUACACCCAGGCGCCGCACAAAACCUUCCCAGUGGUCUUCGACUCCCCCAGGAAUGGCGAGCUGCAAAACUUCCCUUACGAAAGAAUCCUGGGUCCAGACUUCGGGUACGUGACCCGGGAACCACGAGACAACUCUGUGAGCGGCCUGGACUCCUUCGGGAACCUGGAGGUCAGCCCCCCUGUGGUGGCCAACGGGAAGGAGUACCCCCUGGGGCGGAUCCUCUUCGGGGGCAACUUGCCUGGGUCAAGGGGCCGCCGGGUCACCCAGGUGGUCCGGGACUUCCUGCACGCCCAGAAGGUGCAGCCGCCCGUGGAGCUCUUCGUGGACUGGCUGGCGGUCGGCCACGUGGAUGAGUUUCUGAGCUUCGUCCCUGCCGCUGAUGGGAAGGGCUUCCGAAUGCUCCUGGCCAGCCCCAGCGCCUGUUUCAAGCUCUUCCAGGAAAAGCAGAAGUGGGGCCACGGGAGCGCCCUCCUGUUCCAAGGGGUUGCCGGCAACCAGCAGGUCAACACCGUCUCCAUCAGCCAGGUCCUCUCCAACGGAAGCCUCAUCAGCUACAAUAAGUUUGUGCAGAGCUGCAUCGACUGGAACCGGGAGGUGCUGAAGCGGGAGCUGGGCCUGGCCGAGCGCGACAUCGUGGACAUCCCGCAGCUCUUCAAGAUGGAGAGGAGGAAGGCCGUGGCCUUCUUCCCAGACUUGGUGAACAUGCUGGUGCUGGGCAAGCACCUGGGCAUCCCCAAGCCCUUCGGGCCCGUCAUCAACGGCCGCUGCUGCCUGGAGGAGAAGGUGCGGUCCCUGCUGGAGCCGCUGGGCCUCCGCUGCACCUUCAUCGACGACUUCACCCCGUACCACAUGCUGCACGGCGAGGUGCACUGCGGCACCAACGUGCGCCGGCAGCCCUUCGCCUUCAAGUGGUGGUGCAUGGAGCCCUGAGCCGGGCCCGCCACCCUUUACCCCUGGGGUGGGCCGUCCGCCUGGGCGACGGAGGCCGGAACAGCCCCCGGGCAGUGUCGAGAGACCCCAGGGCUCCGGGUGGAGCACCCGCGCGGAAGCCUCUUCCUCCCAGUGCUCACGCCUCGCCUGCCGCCCAUGCGGUUCUCAGACUUAACCCCCUUCGCUUCCCGAGAGGGACCUCAUUUCUUGUGGUCUGUCUUGCAGAUCAGCGUGACCCACGGGGACUCCUCCAAACACCCCCCUCUCCACCCCCAAAUCCUCUGUGUGGAGCCUAAUUCCCUCUGGAGCCUAGAAACAUCCACGCCUCUCCUCUGCCCUCUUGGCCUGUGUGUCCUCAUGAAGGAAGGACCCACAAUCCUGCUUUGGUCUGAGAUUUAGCCCAGAGCCUCACCCACAGUGAAGGAGCAGAGGUCUGGUAGAUGGAGGUGGGACCAGCAUUCCAGCUCCCAAGCCUCUGACCAGCUGUUGAAAUCUCCCUUGCCCAGCGCCCAGCAUAGUACGUGCUUCCAGACGUAUGUUGAAGCAACGUUAGCGACUCCUUACUUAGCCUGAGAAGCAUCUCAUCAUCUGGCUUGGUUCCAAACCCUCCUGGAGAGUCUUGAGAUGAAACUGUAUGGGGGGUUCCCGGAGACCGGGAAGGCUGGCCACAGGGUGAAGAAUGUCCUUCGUAAGAUGUGAGACGCUUUAGUGGCCCUGGGCCUCUCUGCAGGAGGGGAGACCCCUGGUAGAAUCAGUCCUGGGCUUUCUGCUGACCCCAGGUCAACGUUCCAUGUCCUGCUUUGCCUCAGGAGAGAGGGCCUGGUGGGGCCAAACCCACCGAGACCACUCGGGACGGGAGGGCUCUGGGGAUGGGCCAGUCUGAGCUCAGGUGGGCAGGGAGAGGGGCGGGGUGCUUUCCCCAGGUGUAUGUCCGUUCCGUGGGUGCUCUGUGUGGGUCCAGCUGUGCUUCCGUCACUGGCUAAUAAAUCGACAGAAACACGAACAGCGUGAAUCUCGUUCAG